CAUGUACUGUCCUUUAUAAAUGGGCAAUGCAGUGACAAAAGAAUAUAGCAAAGAAAUUCAAGAAAACAAGACAACUGCGAUACAGAAAACUUCAGCUUGCUGUUUGGAAGUCAGCUCCCUAAGGUUCAGACACGAUGAACGGCAUUAUUCCCAGGAGCAAAGCAAAAGGCACUGACAUCUGUGCAUUUAACAACAAGUAUUAUAUCAUCCGCUCUGACCUCGGCUGCUAUAUGCAAACAAGUGAUUUGAGUAAAGGUUCAGAUAUCUUUAUUUUCAGUCUGCACCCUGCCUGCCAAAAUGGAGACCAUUACAUUGGUGGAGAUAGCUACUUUCACAUCAUCAAGGGCAAUUCCUGCCGCAGAGUCACAAGCCUGACGACGGAAAACAAUACUGUAGUUUACAGCCUUCAUCCCAGCUGCCAGGGUGGAGAUCACUACUUCGCAGCUCAUGGCUAUUUUUACAUCAUCUUCCAAAAAAAAGGCACCUACCGAAGAACAACAAACAUGACUAAAGACUCUGAAGAACUCGACCUGCAUCCCAACUACAGUGACGGUCUGUAUUUCUGGGGCCCAGCAAACUACAAGAAAACUGGCUGCUACUUCCUCAAGCCCACCUCAGAGUGGGGAGUUGAGUUCUGCACCGGUGUUGAUCUCAGCAACGACGAGCACACUGCUGUCUGUGCUGUUCAUCCUAAUGUUCUUAACUUCCUUCCUGGUGGGCUCUCAGUAACUAAAGGCCCAGCCAUUGGCAUGUGGGAGAAUAUUGAAACUAUAACUAAUGGCAGCAAUGUACCAGUGACAUGGCAAAAGAAGAUCACUAAAAAGGUUGGAUACAAUAAGGAGAAGAUGACCCAGAUCACUCAAAACUGGAAGAAAGAAACAUCAGCCUCGAUUGAAUAUGGAGAGCUUGCAAAGUUAAUUGCGAAGUCGCAGUUCUCCUUUUCUGCAGAACACGGAGGUUCACGUGUCGGCACUGAAAACGAAAGCUGGAAGGAAGCAACUGAAGAGGAGGAACUGCUCAACUUUCAGCUGAAGCCAAAAGAGUCUCUUUAUCUGUGGCAGCACAAACUGUGUCUUGGUCAAGAACCAGUGUUGUUCUGCUGUAAUUUAAAGAUUACCAGUGAGCCAAACCCUCCAACUUCACCCGCACGACCAUGAAUAUCAACAUUUCAGGAUCGCUCAGCUCCAAGGAUGACCAAGUGCUUUUCAGUUCAAUACAUUAACUAUACAUUCUCAAGCAAUUAUAUAGAUAUAUGCAUGUACUGGUUCUGGAAUCAUUUAAUAUAGCAAAUUCAGUAACAGAUGAUGUAACUACAAUUACUGAAACGUUGUGUUCAUGAUAAAAUCUGACAAGGCUACUUUAAA